CCCGCUCCCGGCCCCUCCUCCCUUCCCUCAGGGGGAGACCGUGGCGCGGCGUUUCCCCUCCAGAGACCGGCCUGAGAGCCGGCGGGGCGGAGCGGUGUUCCUCGGCGGCUGGCUCGGGCCAUGGACGAGCUGCUGCUGCUGCCCACGGCCGUCCUGGAGGUCUGCGUCCUGCUCGGAGCCUCCCGGGAGAAGGCGAGAGAGGCGCGUCAGCUGGCACAACAAAAGGACGUGAGAACCGUUCCACUUGAACCGGAGAUUCUUUCCGUUUUUGUGCCUCCGUUUAUCAGCAAGGAAGACCUGCAAGCUCUUCCUUUAAAUAGCAAUGCUCUCAAUAAAGCGAAGCGCCGUUCUUUCCGGAAAAAGAAAGAGAAAUUUAAGACGGAGGACGCAAAGGCUCUGAAUGGAGCCCCCAAGACACCGGAGGAUGAAGACAUCACCAUCCCCAAAGAUGUCGACCUGAAUGGAUUGCUUCAGCUUUGCUUUCCAGGAGGAUUUUAUAUCACGUGUGAGUCGAGAGAGGACCACUUUCAUUUUCUCGUUUUCACCGAUGUUUUUGGAAACCGGACUUACGGAGUUGUGGUCCAGUAUUACCAGACAAUACAAGAGGGACGCCUUUAUAACGGACAGGCACGUUGGGAUAACCUUCCGCACUCCAAAGCCGAGUCGUAUUUUGUACCAUUUGCCGUUUGUGUCAUAUCCAGGUACCCUUAUUUCAACGCCUUGAAGGACUGCUUGUCUUGCUUAUUGCUACGGCUGAAGCCUUACAAAGACUUAGAAAUCGAGCAACAUCUAAAAGAAUUUGCAGCAAGGUUAUCCUUGAUACCCAGCCCUCCUCCUGGGCAGCUUCAUCUGCUAUUUAACCUGAAGCCUCUUCAAGUCGUCUUUCCAUCUCAGGAAGAUCCCGACAGCCCGCUUGUGGAUUUGGAUCUACAUCUUCCCUUCCUUUGCUUCAAACCGGAACAGAUUUUACAGAUAAUUACUUGUAUUUUAACUGAACGGAAAAUUGUCUUCUUCUGCUCUGACUGGGCCCUGCUGACCCUGGUAUCCGAAUGCUUCAUGUUGUACAUCCAUCCCAUUCAGUGGCAACACACGUUUGUACCAAUCCUGUCUCGUCAGAUGCUGGACUUUGUCAUGGCGCCCACCUCCUUCCUGAUGGGGUGUCACAUCGAUCACUUUGAGGAAGUUUGCAAGGAAGCUGACGACUUAAUUCUAAUUAACAUUGAUACUGGCGAUAUCGCUCAAUCCAAGUCCUCCGAGGAGGCGACCGACAUUCCAGAUGUGCCAGCAGAGGCCGGCAGAGUUUUUAUAGCACGAUCUGAAAGCCUUCAGCUGCACUAUGACCUGGAACUCUCCCACCUGGGAACCUCCACCGACUUCACUGAAAUACAAGGGCGCCGGAGAACAUGGCAACGGAAGCUGAAUUCUGAAAUUCAGCAGAUCGCUCUGCAGUUCAUCGUCAAUAUCUUCAGAGAGGUGAAGGACCAUUUGAACUAUGAACACAGAGUAUUUAACAGUGAAGAAUUCUUAAAAACAAGAGCAAUAAAUGACCAGCUUUUUUACCGAAAGGUACUGGAAACUUACAUGUUUCACGCUUUUCUCAAAGCCCGCCUUAACCAAAGGAUGGAUGCUUUUGCUUACCUAGAGCAGAGCACCCAAAACGAAGAAGACCGGUUCAACUUCCUGGUUGGUAAUCCGAGAAGGCUAACGAUGGAGAAAAUGAUUUCUCAAAGGUUUAAUCCUCAGUACAUGCUCAGCAGGCGCAUGGGGAUGAGCUUGCCGAAUCUGCACGACAUUAAGCCGAACGAUGGCCCAACUAGGAAUGCAUCCCUUCGGAGUAUCAACACUACACAAGCUAAAAGAUCCAUUUCGAAACCCAUCAGCACUUUCAGGAUUCCAGAAAUCCACUUCCCACUGAUGGGUCAGUGUGUCCAGACCUAUUACGUCGAUUUUACUAACCAUCUGAGCAGAGCGAUCACGAUUUUGUCACCGGAGAACUCUGCGCUCCUAGCGAGGUAUUUCUACCUUCGGGGACUUAUAAGUCUGAUGCAAAAAAAAUUCCUAAGUGCCCUUUCGGACUUCCAAAAUCUGUACAAGACAGACAUCAGGAUAUUCCCGACGGAGCUUGUGAGAAAAUUGAUAGAAAACCUCUCAGCCCUGGAUCGCUCCCAGGCAGAUCAGAAGCCCGAACUGAAGAGGUUGAUCAGUCACCUAAUGGACAAACAAAGAGAGGUCAUCAAAACCGAUGAUCACGUGAAGAAAUUUGAGUUGCCAAAAACUCACAUGCAGGUGGAGGACUUUGUAAAGCGCAUCCAGGAAUCUGGGAUUGUCAAAGAUACUGACACCAUCCAUCGGUUGUUUGAUGCAUUAACCGUAGGGCAGCAAAAACAAAUUGACCCGGAAACAUUUAAAGACUUUUAUACCUAUUGGAAGGAAACAGAAGCAGAAGCCCAAGAUGUGAACCUGCCUCCGCGAGUAAUAGAACACCUGGACAAAAACGAGUGUGUUUAUAAGUUAUCCAGCUCAGUAAAAACUAACAAAGGAGUUGGGAAAAUCGCACUGACACCGAAGCGCCUGUUCCUGUUGACGGAAGGAGCCUGUCCCGGCUAUCAAGACAUCGCAGCGUUCAGAGAUAUAGAGGAAGUAAAAAACUCCAGCGUUACUUUUCUGCUCCUCAAGAUUCCUACGCUGAAGAUAAAAAUGAAGUACAAAAAGGACGUUUUUGAAGCCAAUCUGAAGUCUGAGUGCGAUCUUUGGCACUUGAUGGUGAAAGAGAUGUGCGCUGGGAAGAAAAUGGCAGAUGACCAUAAGGAUCCACAGUAUCUUCAGCAAGCCCUUACCAACGUUCUUCUGAUGGAUGCCGUGGUAGGCUCCCUGCAGUCAUCCAAAGUAAUCUAUGCAGCUUCGAAGCUCUCUUACUUUGACAGGAUGAAGAACGAAGUGCCCAUGAUGGUCCCCAAAACAACGACUGAAACACUAAAGCACAAGAUCAACCCAUCAGCUGGCGAAACAUUCCCACAAGCAGUGGAAGUCUUGCUCUAUACACCAGGCCAGCUUGAAUCCACAGAAAAACUCGGAGAUGCCCAUCCAAAACUGUGGUGCGCUUUGAACGGAGGGAAAGUGGUGGUCUUCGAUGCAUCCUCGUGGUCUCUGCAGCAUUCUUUCAAAGUGGGGAGCGCUAAGCUGAAAUGUAUGAUCAUGGCAGAACAAAGUCAAGUUUGGAUCGGCUCUGCAGAUUCCGUCAUUUAUUUGAUCAACACUCACAGCAUGUCUUGCAAUAAGCAGCUGAACGACCAUCGCUUUGAAAUUGUGGACAUCGUGGUGGAUAACAGAGAGAGCCUCCCCAGCGAGGCGUAUUCCUGCAGCGUGGACGGCACAGUCAUUGCUUGGAACAUCAGCACUUUGAAAGUGAACCGUCGAUUCCAGCUGCCUUACGAAACGGUGACUUCAAUUCAGUUCUACAAGAACCGGCUUUGGUGCUGUAUACAAGACGACAUCGUUGUGGUCACCACAAACGGGCUGGUUCGCCAAAAGCUGAGGCUGCAGAACGUGCCCACCGGACUCCCGACGCCUUUGCUCUGCUUCCAGUUGUUUCCUGAGCGGGAUGAAGCGUGGGCUUCGUGGUCCGGCAGCAGUGAGCUCUUGAUCUGGAACAUGGAGGAUUUCUCAACCCCCUUACAGAAGCUGAAGCUGUCAGACUGUUCAGAAAUCACCUGCGCGAUCAAAGUGAAAAGUCAGAUGUGGGUCGGUGGCCGAGGACUCUCCCAAGGGAAGGUCAAAGGGAAGGUCUACGUGGUGGAUAUGGAAAGGAGACUGGUGGAAAAAGAGCUGGUCGGACACCCAGAUGUCGUGAAGUCCUUGUGCUCCGCAGAGGAUCGAUACGUCUUGAGUGGAGGCGGAAAGGAAGAAGGGAAAAUUGCGAUCUGGCAGGUGGAAGAGAGUCUGGGCUUCCAGUUCGUUUAACGAAUCAUUUUAAAAAAACUGAAUAUAGAAAUUAAUGUUUCCUUUAAUUUAUUUCUGCCACAAAUUGCAUUACGAGGCCGUCCUCAACUUACAACAGUUUGUUUCCUGACCGUUCAAAGCUACAGCGGCGGUGAAAAAGGUGACUUACGACCUUUUUUCAUAGUUAACGACGGUGGCAGCAGCCCUAAAGGUCACGUGAUCAAAAUCCCUGGUUCGUAUUUAUGACGGUCGCAGCUUCCCGGGGUCACGUGAUCCCUUUUUGCGACCUUCCAACACGUGAAGUCAACAAGGGAAAGACGGAUUCGCUGAACAGCCAGCUUACUAACUUAUCAACUGCAGUGUUCCGCUUAACCCUGGUGAGAAAGGUCGUAAAAGGGGGCAAAGCUCACUUAACAAAUGUCUCACUUAGCAACGGAAAUUUUGGGCUCAGUUGUGGCCGUAUGUUGAGGACUACCUGUACUAAGAAGAGAGCAUAGUAGGGAAUCCCUGAAUCCUUGUUAAUACAGGCUGUCCUCGGUUUAUGGUUUCUCCCAUUUUAUGACCUUUCACGCCACAGUCGUUAAGCAAAUCACUGCUGAUGUUAGGUAGUAACACCGUUGUUAAGUGAAUCUGGAUUCCCCCCCCCCAUUGACUAUGCUUGUCGAAAGGUCAC